CACUGACUCCGUUGCUUGCUAACUUGUUAGCAUGGCUACUGCCUAAUCACAAACACACUGCAGUGCAGCAGCGGAGAGGACAGGCUCGGAUCUGUUCCACUUUUCCUUCACAUUCUUCCAUUGUUUGCGCUUUUGUUUUAAUCGAGAUGGGGACGCGAGACGACGAAUAUGACUACUUGUUUAAAGUGGUCCUGAUUGGAGACUCUGGUGUGGGGAAGAGUAACCUGCUGUCUCGUUUCACCCGUAAUGAAUUCAACCUUGAGAGCAAAAGCACUAUUGGAGUAGAGUUUGCUACACGUAGCAUUCAGGUGGAUGGAAAGACUGUGAAAGCUCAGAUCUGGGACACAGCUGGACAGGAACGCUACCGGGCCAUCACUUCAGCGUAUUACCGGGGAGCUGUUGGGGCCCUUCUAGUGUAUGACAUCGCCAAGCACCUGACUUAUGAAAAUGUGGAGCGCUGGCUUAAGGAGCUCAGAGACCACGCAGACAGCAACAUAGUCAUCAUGCUCGUGGGCAAUAAAAGUGACUUGCGUCACCUUCGGGCCGUGCCCACUGACGAAGCGCGUGCAUUUGCAGAGAAAAAUGGUCUGUCCUUCUUAGAGACCUCAGCUUUGGAUUCCACUAACGUAGAGACCGCUUUUCAGACCAUCCUGACUGAAAUCUACCGGAUCGUAUCCCAAAAGCAGAUGUCUGACCGCCGAGACAAUGACAUGUCACCUAGCAACAAUGUGGUGUCCAUCCAGGUGCAACCUACUGAGAAUAAACCAAAGAUGCAGUGCUGCCAGAAUAUCUAGCGGCACCGGUCCAGUCCUGAAACCCUCCUCCAACCACCCACCUGCAACACCCCCCUCCUCCCCUCCUCUUCAAGACUGCUUUGGGUCUGAGAUGCAGCUGCACAACUAGGCUUGAGCACAGAGGCUGGUUCCAAAAGCUGGAAUCUCAAAGGGUCACCACCUGCAGUCUGGACUAAGCUUGUUGUUUUUUUUGUUGUUUUUUAGUUGGUUUUCCUCCUUCCUGCCACGGUAGGCUUUUAUAUUGCAGGAUUUUAAUAAUCAUCUGUGUCAAUCUUUACUGAAAUGUCUUAAUAUAUAAUUUCAUUCGCAAGCGUGUGAGGCUCGCUCAUGUAUGUCUUCAGUAGCAGCCCCCUUGUCACUGGGGUGGAGGGGAGAGAUGUGCAGUAUUGGAGGUUUUGCUAUAUUUAAUGUUGUGAUUGUAGAGAGAUGAUGUACCUGAUAGAUGUUAGAUGACCAUUAGAGCCCAGAGACCACAGUCUUCACCUUUCAGCCAUCUUCCAAGUAUGGUUUACAUUGCAUGUACAUUUCCUUCACUCACUUGGCAUGGGUUACAUCGCUUUCAUGAUUUCACCAUCAGGCCAGUGAAAGAGGCCUUAUAGCUGCCACGCCGUUUUCUCUUCACCAUCACGUGCUUCGAGGUAGAAUAGUGGUUUUAGUGCCUUUUUUUGAUGGAGCGUCACACGGACGCCUUCACGUAUGUGCUUAAAACGCUGCACCUCUUUAGCUACCCGUGCCAGCGCAGCUAGGCCUUCAUCACACACUAGAACUUUCUUUCUUUUUUUUUUCUUUUUUUUAGUUAUUGUCCUCGAAUAGCAAAAGUUCAAUUUGUAUAAACAGUAAUUGAUGUCAUAAUGCAAAAAGAGGGUAAAGUAGUUUAGCAAACAGGCACAAGUUCUCUUUGAAACACUACCACAGACCUAUUCAGUAUGAAACGAGGGAAUAGAGACUUCCUCUAAAAGUAACGUAAACCCAUUGUACUAUUGCUUUGUCGUUAAAGUCGGAACAGGAAAAGCACGCAGCAGUGAAUACUGGCCAGCUGACGGCCACAUCACAUGAGAGCACUCUGGGGAAUAGACUGGAUACUUUCUCUUUUUGUCUUUGCACUGAAUGUAAAAUAUCUCUCCCGGUUUGACUUGGGCCACUACAGUUUAUGAUCUUAAGACCUGUAACUUGUAUUUAUUCUGUGGUAGUCAUUUAAAACGAGUUGUUAGCCUCUAAUCUUCGUGGCGAAAUGCUGAGACUUUUAGAUGUUAAGACACAGUGUGAUAAUUUAUGAAUGUAUUAUGUAUGUUAGCCUACAAAAAAGUCUUUGUCUGGAGUCCAGCAGAUGGAGAAACUACCACAAGCUGUGAUGCUCGUCUUUGCUUAAUGGCUGUCUAAUAAAACAUACUCCGUGUGACAUAAAAUAUCAGUAAAGACUGAACUAAUAAUGCAUGUUGUAUAAUGGUCACCACAGGUUGAAGAAUACUGUAGACCUCAGCAUCUUAGUCUGCAGCCCUGAAGUCAUUUAUUUGCUGGAAAUUUCACUUUCGUUAUCGAUCCCUUCGACUUUAAUUGCCCCAGCACUAGGUAAAGCAACAUAGUUUGCUACGAUCCUCCUCAGCAGUAUCAGAACACAUUCCAAGUGGAACUGAAGGCCCUUAAAGGCUGCAAUGUAAUAAGUAAAUCAGACUGAACAGAACGAACCGACAUUACCGCAUAAGUGCAUGUGAGUCAAUUUACUGUUUUUAGUAUCCUGUAUCUUAUAAGGUAAAACAAAGGAAAAGACCUUGUGAUUAUACACGCGUUAGGGUCUGUUUGUGUUUUAGGACCCUGACUCUGAUUGUAUGACUAUUCUUUAGAGGCAGGGGUCUCUGGUGCUAACAGGGGCCAGUGCCAAUGAUGUGAGGGUACAGAUGGCACAACUAUGACCUGCCCAUGCACUGCACAUAGCUGGUGUGUCCUAGUAAGAUUACCCGGAUAUUACUUUUCUGACUGUCAGAUCUUUCAUGUAUUGCCUCGAGAACUUAAUUUCUUUUUGUUUCUUUUGUCUGCACUGUACUGUGAUUUAUUUUGUAUUGUUAUGAUUAUACUAUUACUCUGUCCACUGUAAUUCCAAUUAAAAAGAGCAAAUAAAAUAUGUAGUUAAUUCAAA